AUGAUGAAGUUUGUGACCACUUCUCUUGUUCUUGUUUUCAUCCUAGUCACAGUUGCUGCUGCUAAUGAGAUUGAAAGCCCUCCUCGUUGGUGUCUCCCGAAACCGGGAGUUUCACCGGAGAAGCUGCAGAACGUGUUGGAUUACAUCUGCUCUCGUAUCGCAUGCCUUCAAUCCACUGACCGCUGCUACGCUUCAUCCGAUCUCCCUGGACGAGCCGGCGUCGUCAUGAACAUGUACUUCCAGUUUCACGGUCGCACAGACCAGUCCUGCUACUUCGGUGGAGACAACCGAUCCCCGCUCCUGAGCAUGCGUCUACUACGUCUCAAAACUCUCAACCACUACCUUUAUCCCUCCUCCUCAAUUUAG